AGAUAAAUAUUUUUUUCUAAAAAAAAAAUACUUUUUUCAUAAGUAACGCAAUUAUGCAAGCAAUCCCUACGAAUUCCUUAUGAAUUAAUUAUUAAAAAAAAAAAUAGCACUUUGAUAAAAUAAAAAUUAUUUCAAUUAUUUCAAAAUCGUAGCCUAAAAGAUAUGUUGUAUCUGUUUUUUUCUUCUCUUGCUUUUAAAUAAAUAAAUAUAUAUUUUCCACAAACCCUCGAUAAAAAAAAAUCAAAAAUUAAAAAAAGAGAGUGCUCCGGUCCUCCGGAUCCGCCCACACAGUCUGUGUUCGAAGACUCAUGUUAAAAUCCCGGAAUUGACCUCCAUCGUGGGCCCCAACGUCACGAAACAGAAGGGCAUUAAGGUCAAUUCACAGCAUUCACUCAAGACACGCGUCCCGGAAGCCACGAUCGCUCUCUUUACUCUGAAAAGACAGCCUCUGAAGUUGCGUGGACUCUAAGAUCAAACCGAUACUCCCAAGUCCCAACUACCCCCCGGCCCGACUGUAAUUUUCGGCGAAGGCCAUGGGCAAAAAAGGAAACUGGAGCUGGAGCUCCGCGGCGAUCGGCGCCGCCUCCGCCUCCGCCGUGGCGGCGAUCGUACUCUGCAAGCCCAAGGACCCCGCCUUCCACCUUGCAUCGAUCAAGCUCACCGCCUUCAAGCUCAAGCUGCCGGCGCUCGACACCGACCUCAUCCUGACCGUACACGUCAGCAACCCGAACGUGGUCCCGAUCAGGUACUCGGCGACGGCGAUGUCGAUCUUCUACGAGGGGUCGCUGCUAGGUUCGGCGCAGGUGGAGGCGGGCUCGCAGGCGUCGAACUCGUGCCAGAUCCUGCGGCUGCCGGCGCGGCUGGACGGGCAGCAGCUGGCGCAGCACGCGUCGAAGUUCAUCGGCGACGUGGGGCGGCGGCAGAUGGAGCUGGACGCGGCGGUGGACAUAGAGGGGACGGCGAAGUUACUGUGGUGGGGGCGGAGGUUCAAGGUGCGCGUGGACAGUCGCAUCGUCGUGGAUCCGGUGCUGCUGGAUGUGGUUGACCAGGAGAACAAGGCGAAGUUGAAGAUUUUUAGUGCUUGAUAUUUAUAGAUACAUGUACGAUCAAAAAAUACUUCGUUUGGAAUAGGAAGGAUUUUAUGUUUCUUUGUUUCCAAGCAGGCUUGUAUGAUUUACAUAAAGAUGUGACCAUUAUUUUGCCGGAAUAGAUUUCUCAGUCUUUGAA